CCGGCUUCCCCAGGUGUCCAGUUCUUUCCCGGGGGUCUCAUGAGGGUUCUGUGUCCACGGCCCGGAAAUCCUGACGGCGCCCGCAUCCAUUUACCGGAGGUUAUCUCUGAAACCGAAGAAUGAGCAGAGCUGAAGUCUGUGGAGCAGCUCCCAAAGUCAAUCUGUGCAAGGCAAUGGGAAAGCUAGAAGUUCUUGGCCCAGAAGAUGAUGGUUAUCAAAAAGCAAAUAUAUCGGUAUCUCCAGUGAGCAAUUCUCAGGGUUCAGAAAUCGCAGCAAAGCAACCUGUAAGCAUUCAUAAUGGGAAACUGCAAGUUCUCGGACCCGAAGAAGAAGUGGUUAUUCAUCCUUAUGAAGCAGCAUCCAGACCAAGCAGUGCAGCAGGAAGACAAGGAUCAGCCGGUAGAAAAAGUUAUAUCCCUACAAAGCAGAUCCCACUCUGUACGGUAAAGCCCUUGGCACACAGCAGUAAUAUUCCAGAUUACAGUGCUGCACCAAGCAGGCAAACGAGCAAGCCAGAAAAUGGUAAAAUGCAGAAGACAUCAUCUACACCAGGAAACAUUGAUGAGAAAGAACCUGCAGGACCUCAAUCAUUGGCCCUUCAUAACGGAAACAUCAAAGAACAUCUGGAGGAAUCUAGUGAUGAAGAUGAGAGCGACGAUGAAACUGGCCGUGCUCCCAUAGAGCUUCUGGCAGAGUUCAUCGGUGCUGUAAUGAAUGAGGAUUACCAAGUGGCACAGAAACUGUGUCAGAUGAUACUUCUAUAUGAACCAGAAAAUCCAGAGGCCAAACAGUUUUCACCUCUAAUUGAGGAAAUGCUGCAAAUUGAACAACAACAAAGUAGUGAAGAUGAAGACAGUGAAGACUCAGAGGAGGAGACGGAUGAAGAGACAGAUGAAGACACCAGUGAUACAGAUGAUGAUGAGGAUGAUAAUGAUGAGAACCAUUGUACUGCCAAACAUGUUUCAUAAACUGUUAUAUUUAUUAAGAAUUCUGGUUCAAAACAGAUGGACUGUAGCUAAUAUCAGCAUCUUUCAUGUGAGUUAGG